GGGAAGAAACCCGUACGCGUUUCUUGUCGGAGCCAACAAACAAACAAACAAAACAACAACAACAAGCAAAAAAGACAUGUCCUCCCCGGGUUGGAUCGCAGCUCGCGGCCGGUUCCUCCGCGACGCGUCUCCCGGAGCCCCGCUGCAGGUUUCCCAUCCCAGUGCGCGGUGACGAGCGGGUUUUGUGGACGAUGCUAGUGCGGCGUUCUAACGGAGGAACGAGGCUCCCGACAGAAUAACAACAACACACGGCUGCACGGUGUCGGUGCUUGCGUAUUUCUCGGCCGGAUGUGCUCUUCUUUGUUUGUGAUCUCCCCCCGCGGGGGACUCGGACACUCCGGGUGGAAAUAAAUGCACCUGCCGCGCCGGCGAGGACCAGAACCGGAGCACAUGGAAAGAUCCGCUCCCCCGGACCUCGCGUGGUGAAGCGGCAUCCUCGAGUUGAUUUCUCCUCCUCCGCCAUGGAGCUCACACAGUUUCUCAUCUAACAAUUGUGUAUUAAAGAUGUUCCCUCGUCUCUGGGCUUCGAACCCGCCCGAGUGUCGGGAGGAUGACAGCUGAUCGCCCCUCCUCUCCGGGGACUCAAAUAAAGACGCGCUCCAUCUGAGCUCCGCCGCCCGGAGUCUCAGUUUUCAGCGGGUUUAACAAUAGCCGGAGCCGCCGGGGGCUGUGACAUUUGGUUGAUUGCCACCUCAGCCUUCCCCCUGAUCGGCUUACUCGCCCCUCGGUUCCUCGGGCUGCUGCUGCUCCUGCUGCCGCUGGAGCUGGAGCUGGAGCCCGGGUCAUAUUUCUCCUGAAGGGUCCUUUUUUAAUUUCAUUUCAGGGAAGGGGGAAGAUUCAAUCAACUGUGCAGGAGCAUCUCUGCAGGAAGUGUCCGAUCCCCUCUCCUCCUCCUCCUCCUCUUCCUCCUCUUCCUACUCCACAUGGCAACUUUGAUUUCUCCUCUCUGACACUUCGCCCCGUGGCUGCUGCUUCCCUGGCCGGGGGAUGAUCCUUGGAAGUAGCCCGAUAAAAUAAUCAGCGUCGCGGUGUCAGCGGAGGCUUGAGCCACAGGGGAUUUGUGUCAGAUUAUCGCCGGACUGCUAUUUUAUUCCCCGGGUCACACUCCACUGAAUUUAGCGGCUUCUGAUCUGCAGCCUUUUCCCUGCUGCUGCUGCUGCCGCCGCCUGGAAACUCCUGCGAGGUGGGUGGGUUGGGGGUGGGGGGAGAAGGACGCCUUUACAACCCUCGUCAUUCACGGGGCAAAGGUGGGAUAAACGAGUUGCACCCAUGAGCGAUGAUUGCCACCGAGGUGUCAGGACUCACGUCUGAGGACACGCCGGGGAGUUGCUGCUGCCUUCGCGCCGCGUAUCAGGGAGGAACGAGCCGCGCGUAAAGUUCCCCGGUUUUUACGCACGCUGCCUGGAAUGCUGUCACUGUGACCGAGCGGGGGGGUUGGGAGCCCUGUCGAGAAAAGCCACAAACAAAACACACACUCACAUACACUCGCGCGCGCGCACACACACAGACACACAGCAGCGCCGGAGUGACUGCACCUUCCGGACCCGUUUUCGACUCUCCACCGGUCGGCCACCGGAGGAUGUUUGAGCCAGGAUGCUGCGCUUCCCCGUGAAGAAGAUCCGGAAGCAGUUCAAGCUCCUGCUGCUGCUGGUUCUGCUCAGCUCGGCCGUGUGGUUCACCUACCUGCACAUCAACCAGGGCAAGACCAUCAAACUCCACUUCAACUACGGAAAAGAUGGAGAGAGACAGACGGAGGGGACGGACGCCAGCCGCAAGAGGGACACUCGCUCCUCAGCUGGCCACCACAAGAGUGAGGACACGAGCGACAGCCGGGAGGACGAGGCGGCAGACGAUGAGCCAAUCACAGGAGGGUCUGAUGGAAGAGGCCAAACCCGCAUCCGGAAGUUCCUCAGCCAGAGGCACAAGAAAAUGCCAUGGAAACCAGAGUUUAAGGGCCAGGCUAACCUGCACGUGUUCGAGGACUGGUGUGGAUCCUCCAUAGCUCAACUCAGAAAGAACCUGCACUUCCCUCUCUACCCUCAUACCCGAAUCACAGUGAAGAAGCUGGCAGUGGCUCCGAGGUGGAAGAACUACGGCCUGAGAAUAUUUGGCUUCCUUCACCCUUACAGAGACGGUGAUUUCCAGUUCUCUGUAUCUUCGGAUGAUAACUCGGAGCUGUGGCUGAGUCCUGAUGAGAGCCCUCUCAACGCCAGACUGCUGGUCUAUGUCGGGCAGCUGGGAACAGAGUGGACCGCUCCGGGCGAGUUCAGCAAGUUCAGGUCCCAGUCCUCCAAGUCGGUGCAGCACCUGUCAGUGGGCAGCUCCGUUACGCCCAGCUACAGAAUCUCCAUUAGUGCCAAGAGAUAUAAAACUCAGGUGUUAAACAUUGACCUGACUGGUCAGCUCCAUCUGAAAGCAGUGCAGUACAGGAAGCCUUUAAGGUGGCGUCCAUUCCUCCCUGGUCUGAAGUAUGAAGUGAUAGACUCGGCCUACAUUUCCCUGUACACAGACGAGUCCAUUCUGAAGAUGAACAGCGUGGACCACAUCCCCCAGACCUUGGCCAGUCACAUCCGUCUCCCGGAGGAGUCUCAGCCCCGGGGUCUGGAGGAAGGCAGAGCCACGCAGCACGGGGCAGAUAUGCUGAAGCCGGACCCUAGGGACACCUUCUACAGCAUUCCGAUGAUCAACCCCUCCCGCCUGGAGAACGUUCUCCCGGCCUGCCUCUACUCCCCAACCUACGUGGUCAAAGAUUUCCCCAUCGCCAGAUACCAGGGCCUGCAGUUUGUUUAUCUGUCCUUCGUUUACCCCAAUGACUUCACACGUCUCACACACAUGGAGCGGGAGAACAAGUGUUUCUACCGGGAGUCUCCUAUCUACCUGGAGAAGUUUGGUUUCUACAAAUAUAUGAAGAUGGAUGAGGAGGAUGACGACAGACCGUUCUUCUUCCCCAACCCAGAUGAUUUCCUGGAGGAAGAGGAGGUGGUAGAAGUCGAGGACGAGGCAGAGAUCGUCGGCACACAGUCGUCCAAGAAGCCGUCUCAUCCCAGUCAGACCAGUCACACCUCCAACCCCUCCCAUCAGCAUCCGAAGCCCGGGCCCACACCAGCGAGCAGAGAAGUCGAGGAGGAGGAGGAGGAGGUGGACCCCGAUGAAAAGGAGGAGGGAGCUGUCAACACCAUCAUACGCCGCAGGGAGAGGAGACAUUUUCUUCAAAAGGACGGACAGAUGGGGAAGGACCUGGACAGAGACUGGGGACGGGAUCAUACGAGAGAAAACAUUCAACAGGGCUCCAGUAAGAGACUCGACCAGGCCCCACCCAGGGCGCUGGAGCCCGAUAUGGACAGUGUGGUCCAGAGUCGCACCCUGUCCUGGGUCCGAACUGGUCCUGUGGAGCAGGGGCCUGGCCGGAAAGGAGGAGGACCAGGUGGUGGAGGAGCUGGAGGAGAGAAAGGAGCGGAGACUCCGCCUAAACUCAGCAAGUCUUCGCUCCUCUUCCCCCAGAAGUCCUCCCUCUCUGCGCUCGCCAGCCGAGCCAAGCAGAUCAUCAGCAACUCGGCCCACAGCAGCAAGCCGAGUGACAACAAGCUGCCGGGAAGCAAGAAGGAGGAGAACAAGAUCUACAUCACGAGGCCCCGCCCCGCGAAGGAGAGGGAAAGAGAGAGGGAGCAGCGGCGCGAGAGGAGGGAGGAGCGGACGUACCACCACCCGAGGGAGGUGUUCCCUGGAGUCUUCUUGUACCAAACUGGGAAGACCACGAGGCUGGUCAACCUGGGCGCCAGAGGCCAGACGGGUAAGAACCUUGUUAGUGCCCCACAGCUGUGGCCCCACCCCCCAACGAAAGAGGGGAAGACCCCUCCUCGCAACGGAAGCAUCAACAUACAGAUUGACAGUGUACAGAAGUCCAUCCGGAGGGCAGCUGUGGCAAAUCAACCGGGAAAAAUCAGGAGGAAAGUGGAGCGUCAGGACUUAGAGACAACCGCCACGGCUCAUCUCCCCAGUAAAGACGACCCACUAAACCCAGUCUACCAUCGCCAAGAUCCCCCUCCAGUUCCACUGCAGAGGUUAAACUCCACAGAGAACACACUCCCAGGUCAACAGAGGGUCACGUCUUACCUCAGGCUCUCCGAGAUCACAGAGUCCCGGCAGCAGCCAGACCCGGACCCCAACCCGGCCGACCUGGAGCAGGACAUCAACCGCUCCAACCCCGAGCCCGACCCCGAGCCCGAGCCGGAGGAGGGCGAGAUGUCGGACUACAGCUACGAGGAGGUGGAGGCUCGGCCGGGCUGGGCGGAGGAGAGCAUCAACUGGCAGAGGACCUUCUCCGUCAACCCGAUGGACUUUGAGCUCCUGCGCUCCGACUGGAACGACCUGCGCUGCAACGUGUCGGGCAACCUGCAGCUGGCGGAGAGCGAGGUGGUGGACGUGCUGGCCCAGUACAUGGAGAAACUCAACGAGCGCAACGGAGGGAUCUACACGCUGCUGCGGAUCAUCAACGUGGAGAAGCGGCGCGACUCGGCGAGGGGGAACCGUUACCUGGUGGAGCUGGAGCUGAUGGAGCGGGGCCGCAGCGUGGUGCGCCUGUCGGAGUACAUCUACCUGCUGCUCCACCGCGGCAGGCAAGGGGAGGAGAGCUUCGAGAACACCGACUCUGCCCCGGCCUCGGCGCCGGCCUCAGCCCCCUCCCCGCCCACCCCCGGCCUCACCACGCCACCGCCGCCCCUUCCCUCCACCAAGCCCCCCGCCCGGCCCGGGGCGACCCCGUGGAGCACCGCCUUCGCCAAGCCCCUGCUCUGCCAGCCCGUCAUGCUGCAGUGGAGGAGGGACGUCAUGGUGCACUUUGUGGUGCCAGUGAAGAACCAGGCCCGGUGGGUGCAGCAGUUCAUCUCCGACAUGGAGAAUCUUCACCGUCAGACCAAGGACGACAACUUCAGCAUCAUCAUCGUGGACUUUGAGAGUGAGGACAUGGACGUGGAGCAGGCCCUCAGGGAGAGCAGCGUGCCAAGAUACGAGUAUCUUCGGCGGGAGGGGAACUUCGAGCGCUCGGCCGGACUGCAGAUCGGAGUGGACACCAUCGAGGACAGUCACAGCAUCGUGUUCCUCUGCGAUCUGCACAUCCACUUCCCUCUCAACAUCCUGGAGAGCAUCAGGAAGCACUGUGUGGAGGGACGCCUCGCGUUCGCUCCCAUCGUCAUGAGGCUCGGCUGCGGCAGCUCGCCACGGGAGCCUGAUGGUUACUGGGAGGUUAAUGGUUUCGGCCUGUUUGGAAUCUACAAGUCCGAUUUCGAUAAGAUUGGAGGGAUGAACACGGAGGAGUUCAAAGACCGCUGGGGCGGAGAGGACUGGGAGCUGCUGGACAGGGUUCUGCAGAACGGGUUGGAGGUGGAGCGGCUGCGCUUGAGGAACUUCUUUCACUACUACCACUCCAAACGAGGCAUGUGGAACGCCCAAAACAAGAAAACUCCCAAGGGAUAGCGCUCCCUGCAGGUCGGACGAUCCUACACAGCCCACACUGCAGAUCCACUGUGUGUGUGGGGGAGGGGAGGGGGGGGUAGCUCGCUCACUGCCUGAACUCUGCCUUCUUUUUGAAACCCGGGCUCCUCUUCGCCGUCGGCCUCUCUCUCUGUACGAGGAAGACGAGUUCAAGCCCGGACUUUGGAAAGGAGCUGUUUAUGCAGACACCCGAGUCAGCACUUUGCCUCACUGACUGAACUACUGUUCAGAGAGAUGAGAGUUAUUUUUGAAUCUUCCUCUCUCUGCCCUUUUUCUGGUGCAAUGUUUUCAGACGGACUGGAAAGCAGCUGUUUUUGUGUGUGAAUGCGUGUGUGUGUGUGUGUGUGUGUGUGUGUGUGUGUGUGUGUGUGUGUGUGUGUGUGUGUGUGUGUGUGUGUAAGUUGCCGCUUGUGUGCGCUCAUGAUGACAGGAAGCACCUUUUUUUCUAACAAGGCGAUGUGGAGACAACCUAAGAUUCUUUCUUUUCUAACACGCUCUCUCAGAAUGUGCAUCGACAUGUUAUCCAGAUGGAUUCAGACACGGUGCCGCAGAUCGAGUCGAGGAACUCUGGCUGCGACUGUGUUUCUAAAUACGUCAACUACUACCUGUUGAGUAUCGUUAACCAGUGUGACCGAGGUGCUGACGAUUUCCUGGUGUCUGAUUUUUUUCUAAUUCGAAAAAAAGCCCCUUUUUUUCCAAACAGAUGCUGACAGAGGUUUCAUCUUCGUGUCUCUGUCUGUCCCUCUCUCUCUCUCUCUCUCCUCUUCAGUGUCUUCUGUCUUUGACUCAUUUUUCAGUUCCGUGCUCAUCUGUGUAACAUUUUGUCUGCUGAAGUAUUUACGUUUAGCCCUGCUGCUGUUGCGUAAUAUCAGCUCUAGGUACCUCAACCAGAUUAAUAGCUACCGGUUAUGACUUGAUUCAUUUGGUUAUUCACUGAUUUUUGUUCUGCUGUUGGUUAUUUUUAAAAAAAAGGGGGGGGUGUUUUCAUUUGUAUGGAGGCUGUAACA